AGUCUGUUGUCGUCAAUCGUCAAAUGCCCACGGUUUUUGACAUAAACUAUUUUAAAAUAAAUUAAAUAAAAUUAUCCAUUUUUUAUUUAUUUUUAAAUUGAAAUUUAUUAUAACAAAAUGGAUAUUUAUUGAGUGAAGGUGUUAAUAAUAAUCAUUGAAUAAAAAAAAUUUUUAAAUUAUUUAAAUUAAUAAAUAUCAUCGUCAGCAUGUUUCGUGGACUGCUCAAUUUCAUCGCUGGUAACGACAACAACCACAACAACAGCAGCAACAACAACAGCAACUUGUCAAACGAGGAAAAUAAAGAAAUUUUAAUUGAAGAAAUUGUUAUUGAUAAAAAAGAGGAUAAUCAAUUGGAAAUAAGCAGGAUGUCUGAGGCACCAGUGAGUUUUGUGGUUGGUGUACCAGAUACAAGUGAGGAUUUAGAAGUUGAAGAUUCAUUUCCUGGUGAUAAUGACUCCAAUGAUUUUAGUCAACUUCAACCACCUGGAACUCUUCUUCCUGGAUUGAUGGAACGUCGAAAACGCCUCAGGCCCAGCAUGUCGCAGGGCACGGUGAUGAUAUUGGCGCAAAAUCAAGGUCAAGAAAAAGACUUUACUGUAGCAACACCUGAAGAAUUUGUACAUCGUUUUUCUGGUACCAAAGUUAUCAACAAGGUACUUAUUGCAAAUAAUGGUAUUGCUGCAGUAAAAUGUAUGCGUUCAAUACGUCGUUGGUCAUAUGAAAUGUUUAAAAAUGAACGUUCAAUACGUUUUGUUGUAAUGGUAACACCAGAAGAUUUAAAAGCAAAUGCUGAAUAUAUUAAAAUGGCUGAUCAAUAUGUACCAGUACCAGGUGGAACAAAUAAUAAUAAUUAUGCAAAUGUUGAGCUGAUUGUUGACAUUGCAUUACGUACACAGGUACAAGCUGUAUGGGCUGGUUGGGGACAUGCAUCAGAAAAUCCAAAAUUACCAGAAUUAUUACAUAAACAUGAUGUAUCAUUUAUUGGACCAUCUGAACGUGCAAUGUGGGCAUUGGGUGAUAAAAUAGCAUCAUCAAUUGUUGCACAAACAGCAGAUGUACCAACAUUACCAUGGUCUGGUUCAGAAUUAAAAGCUCAAUAUUCUGGUAAAAAAAUAAAAAUAUCAUCUGAUUUAUUUCGUAAAGGUUGUGUAUCAACAGUUGAAGAAUGUAUUGCUGCAGCAAAUAAAAUUGGUUUUCCAAUAAUGGUUAAAGCAUCUGAGGGUGGUGGUGGUAAAGGUAUACGUAAAGUUGAAAAUGUUGAAGAAUUACCAACAUUAUUUCGUCAAGUACAAACAGAAGUACCUGGUUCACCAAUAUUUAUUAUGAAAUUAGCUAAAUGUGCACGUCAUCUUGAGGUACAAUUACUUGCUGAUAAUUAUGGUAAUGCAAUAUCAUUAUUUGGACGUGAUUGUUCAAUUCAACGUAGACAUCAAAAAAUUAUUGAAGAAGCACCAGCUGUUAUUGCUAAACCAGAAAUAUUUGAAGAAAUGGAAAAAGCAGCAGUACGUUUAGCUAAAAUGGUUGGUUAUGUAUCAGCUGGUACUGUUGAAUAUUUAUAUGAUCCAUCUGGUAAAUAUUAUUUUCUUGAAUUAAAUCCAAGAUUACAAGUUGAACAUCCAUGUACAGAAAUGGUAUCAGAUGUUAAUUUACCAGCAGCACAAUUACAAAUUGCAAUGGGUUUACCAUUAAAUCAUAUAAAAGAUAUACGUUUAUUAUAUGGUGAAUCACCAUGGGGUAAUUCAGUAAUUGAUUUUGAUCAACCACAACAUAAACCACAACCAUGGGGACAUGUUAUUGCUGCUAGAAUAACAUCUGAAAAUCCAGAUGAAGGUUUUAAACCAAGUUCAGGAACAGUACAAGAAUUAAAUUUUCGUUCAUCUAAAAAUGUAUGGGGUUAUUUUUCAGUUGGUGCAUCUGGUGGUCUUCAUGAAUUUGCUGAUUCACAAUUUGGUCAUUGUUUUUCAUGGGGUGAAGAUCGUUCACAAGCACGUGAAAAUUUAGUUAUUGCACUUAAAGAAUUAAGUAUACGUGGUGAUUUUCGUACAACUGUUGAAUAUUUAAUAACAUUAUUAGAAACAGAUUGUUUUUUAACAAAUAAUAUUGAUACAGCAUGGUUAGAUGCGCUAAUUGCUGAACGUGUUAAAUCAGAUAAACCAGAUGUAUUAUUAGCAGUAACAUGUGGUGCAUUACAUAUUGCUGAUUGUACAAUAUCAGCAGCAUUUAAUGGUUUUCAAACAGCUAUGGAAAAAGGACAAAUACAAGCUGGUAAUGAUUUAAAUAAUGUUGUUGAUGUUGAACUUAUUAAUAAUGGAUGGAAAUAUAAAGUACAAGCAACAAAAUGUGGUCCAAAUUCAUAUUUUUUAAUAAUGAAUGGUGCAUAUAAAGAAAUUGAAGUACAUAGAUUAUCUGAUAGUGGUUUAUUAAUAUCACUUGAUGGUGCUAGUUUUACAACAUAUAUGAGAGAAGAAGUUGAUCGUUAUAGAAUUGUUAUUGGUAAUCAAACAUGUAUAUUUGAAAAAGAUAAUGAUCCAUCAUUAUUACGUGCACCAACAGCUGGUAAAUUAGUUAGUUUUUUAGUUGAAGAUGGUGGUCAUGUUGAUGCUGGACAAGCAUAUGCUGAAAUUGAAGUUAUGAAAAUGGUUAUGACAAUAACAGCUAGUGAAUCUGGUAGUGUAUUUUAUGUUAAACGUCCUGGUGCUGUACUUGAAGCUGGUGUAUUAAUUGCACAUUUAGAACUUGAUGAUCCAUCACUUGUUACAAGAGCACAAGAAUAUACUGGACAAUUUCCACCACCAAUAUCAUCAGCAGUACCAGAAAAGUUAAAUGCUUUACAUCAAAAAUAUCGUGCUGCAUUAGAAAAUACAUUGGCUGGUUAUUGUCUACCAGAUCCAUAUCAUUUACCAAGAUUACGUGAAUUAAUUGAAAAAUUCAUGGGUUCAUUACGUGAUCCAAGUUUACCACUACUUGAAUUACAAGAAGUUAUAUCAACAAUAUCUGGUAGAAUACCAAUAUCUGUUGAAAAAAAAAUACGUAAAUUAAUGACACUUUAUGAGAGAAAUAUAACAUCUGUAUUAGCACAAUUUCCAAGUCAACAAAUUGCUGCUGUUAUUGAUGGACAUGCAGCAACAUUAUCAAAACGUUCUGAUCGUGAUGUAUUCUUUUUAACAACUGAUGCUAUUGUUAGAUUAGUACAAAGAUACAGAAAUGGCAUUAGAGGUAGAAUGAAAACAGCUGUACAUGAAUUAUUACGUCAAUAUUAUAUUGUUGAAAGUCAAUUUCAACAGGGACACUAUGAUAAAUGUGUAUCAGCAUUAAUACAAUUACACAAAGAUGAUAUGGCCAUGGUUACAAAUACAAUAUUCAGUCAUAAUAAUGUUACUAAAAAAAAUAUAUUAGUUACAAUGUUGAUUGAUCAUUUAUGGGCAAAUGAACCUGGUUUAACUGAUGAACUUGCAACAUCAUUAACUGAAUUAACAUCAUUAAAUCGUUCUGAACAUAGUAGAGUUGCUUUACGUGCACGUCAAGUGUUAAUUGCAGCACAUCAACCAGCAUAUGAACUACGUCAUAAUCAAAUGGAAUCAAUAUUUUUAUCUGCCGUUGAUAUGUAUGGUCAUGAUUUUCAUCCUGAAAAUUUACAAAAAUUAAUAUUAUCAGAAACAUCAAUAUUUGAUAUAUUACAUGAUUUUUUUUAUCAUACAAAUCGUGCUGUUUGUAAUGCAGCACUUGAAGUUUAUGUUAGACGUGCAUAUAUUAGUUAUGAAUUAACAUGUUUACAACAUUUAGAAUUAUCUGGUGAAAUACCAUUAAUAUAUUAUCAAUUUUUAUUACCAAAUAAUCAUCCAAAUAGACAAACAUCAUCAACAAUAAAUCAUCGUACUGGUGCAAUGGCUGCAUUUCAAAAUUUAGAACAAUUUAGUCAAUAUUCAGAUGAAGUUUUAGAUUUACUUGAAGAUUUAUCAUCACCAAAUUCAGUAUCAGCAAGAGUUCUAGAAGCUGUUGAUGCUGCUGGUAAUAGUGAAUCACGUCAUAGUACAUCAAUAAAUGUAUCAUUUAGUACAUCAACAAAUACAAAUGAACCAGCUGGUGGUGUACAAGUUGAUUUAAAUGAAAAAAAAUUAAGUGAACCAGUACAUUGUUUAAGUAUUGCUGUACAAGAUAAUGGUAAUCAAGAUGAUUCAACAAUGGCACGUUUAUUUGGUGAUUGGUGUUCACAAAAUAAAGAUGAACUAGUAUCACGUGGUAUAAGACGUGUUACAUUUGCUGCUCUACAAAAACGUCAAUUUCCAAAAUUCUUUACGUUUCGUCAAAGAGAUGGUUUUAUUGAGGAUAAAAUAUAUCGUCAUUUGGAGCCUGGUUGUGCAUUUCAACUUGAAUUAAAUCGUAUGAAAACAUAUGAUCUUGAGGCAUUACCAACGUCAAAUCAAAAAAUGCAUUUGUAUCUUGGACAAGCUAAAGUACCAAAAGGACAACAAAUAACUGAUUACAGAUUUUUCAUACGUUCAAUAAUACGUCAUUCUGAUUUAAUAACAAAAGAAGCUAGUUUUGAUUAUUUACAUAAUGAAGGUGAACGUGUAUUACUUGAAGCAAUGGAUGAAUUGGAAGUUGCAUUUUCUCAUCCAUUAGCUAAACGUACUGAUUGUAAUCAUAUAUUUUUAAAUUUUGUACCAACAGUUAUAAUGGAUUUAGCUAGAAUUGAAGAAAGUGUUACAAGUAUGGUACUAAGAUAUGGACCAAGAUUAUGGAAAUUACGUGUACGUACAGCUGAAAUUAAAAUGACAAUACGUACAUCACCAGGUAAAUCAACUCAUAAUGUACGUCUUUGUAUUGCAAAUGACAGUGGUUAUAGUAUUGAUUUACAUUUAUAUACAGAAGUUAUUGAUCCAAAAACUGGUAUUAUUAGAUUUGAAUCAUAUUGUGGUGGUGGUACAACAACAUCAUCACGUAUUGGUCCAAUGCAUGGUUUACCAAUAUUAACACCAUAUUUAACUAAAGAUUAUUUACAAGCUAAAAGAUUUCAAGCACAAAGUGCUGGUACAACAUAUGUUUAUGAUUUACCAGAUAUGUUUCGUCAACAAAUUGAAAAAUCAUGGAUUAAAUAUAUUGAAGAUAGACCACAGUUAUUAAAUGAUAAUAAAAAUAUAAUACCAAGUCCAUUAAUUGAAUAUAUUGAAUUAGUACUUGAUGAUAAUGAUAAUUUAAUUGAACAAAAACGUUUACCUGGUGAAAAUAAUAUUGGUAUGGUUGCAUGGCGUAUGACAUUAUACACACCAGAAUAUCCAGAUGGACGUGAUAUAAUAUUAAUUGCAAAUGAUAUAACAUAUCUUAUUGGUUCAUUUGGUAUGAAAGAAGAUAUUGUAUUUUGUCGUGCAAGUGAAUUAGCACGUGAAAAACGUAUACCAAGAAUAUAUUUUUCAGCAAAUGCUGGUGCACGUAUUGGUCUUGCUGAAGAAGUUAAAGCACUAUUUCGUAUAUGUUGGGAAGAUGCAAAUAUACCAGAAAAAGGAUUUAAAUAUAUUUAUUUAACACCAGAUGAUUAUGCAAGACUUGCACCAUAUAAUUCAAUAAAAGCUGUAUUAAUUGAAGAUUGUGGUGAAUCAAGAUAUAAAAUAACAGAUAUUAUUGGUAAAGAUGAUGGUUUAGGUGUUGAAAAUUUAAAAUAUGCUGGUAUGAUUGCUGGUGAAACAUCAAAAGCAUAUGAUGAUAUUGUUACAAUAUCAAUAGCAUCAUGUCGUGCUAUUGGUAUUGGUUCAUAUUUAUUACGUUUAGGACAACGUGUUAUACAAAUUGAAAAUUCACAUAUUAUUUUAACUGGUUAUCGUGCAUUAAAUGCUGUACUUGGACGUGAAGUAUAUGCAUCAAAUAAUCAACUUGGUGGUAUACAAAUAAUGUAUCAUAAUGGUAUAUCACAUACAACAGCACCACGUGAUUUAGAUGGUAUUGCAACUGUAUUACGUUGGAUAUCAAUGGUACCAAAACAUAAAGGUUAUUCAUUACCAAUAAUAAUACCAUCUGAUCCAGUUGAUCGUGAAAUUGGAUUUUUACCAACAAAAACACCAUAUGAUCCACGUUUUAUGCUUGAUGGACGUAUGCUUGAUGAUAAUACAUUUGAAUCUGGUUUUUUUGAUGCUGGUACAUGGGAAGAAAUAAUGCGUCCAUGGGCACAAACAGUUGUUACUGGACGUGCUAGAUUAGGUGGUAUACCAUGUGGUAUUGUUGCUGUUGAAACACGUACUGUUGAAUUUCAAUUUCCAGCUGAUCCAGCAAAUUUAGAUUCAGAAGCUAAAACAGUAUCACAAGCUGGACAAGUAUGGUUUCCAGAUUCAGCAUUUAAAACAGCACAAGCUAUUAAAGAUUUUGCUAGAGAAGAAUUACCAUUAUUUAUAUUUGCAAAUUGGCGUGGUUUUUCUGGUGGUAUGAAAGAUAUGUAUGAACAAAUUAUGAAAUUUGGUGCAUAUAUUGUUGAUGGUUUACGUGAAUAUACACGUCCUGUAUUUAUAUAUAUACCACCAAAUGGUGAAUUACGUGGUGGAGCAUGGGCUGUUGUUGAUACAACAAUUAAUCCAAGACAUAUGGAAAUGUUUGCUGAUACAACAAGUCGUGGUGGUGUACUUGAACCAGAGGGAAUUGUUGAAAUUAAAUUUCGUAAAAAAGAUAUUAUUAAAACAAUUCAUCGUGUUGAUAAUGAAAUUAUUAAAUUAAAAGAAAAAAUAACAGCUGGUAUUAGUCCAGAGGAUAAAUCAAUUAUUGAAGCUGAAAUUAAAACACGUGAAAAUAUAUUAACACCAAUGUAUCAUCAAGUUGCUGUACAUUUUUCUGAUCUUCAUGAUACACCAGAAAGAAUGUUAGAAAAAAAUACAAUUCAUGAUAUAAUACCAUGGAAAAUGGCUAGAAAAUCAUUAUAUUGGAGAUUACGUAGACGUUUAUUAGAAGAAGAAUUGAGACGUGAAAUACUUGAAACACAACCAAGUCUUGAUGUUAGACAAGUUGAUGCAAUGUUAAGAAGAUGGUUUGUUGAAGAUAAAGGAACAACUGAAUCAUAUCUUUGGGAACAAGAUGAAGCUGUUGUACAAUGGUUAGAAGAACAACGUAAUAAUGAAAAUAGUGUUGUUAUUAGAAAUAUUGAUUGUGUUAAAAAAGAUGCUGUUGUAACACAUGUUAAAGAUGCACUAGAAAAAUGUCCAGAUGUUAGAUUAGAUGCUGCUCUUGAAAUUGCACACAGACUUCAACCAUCUGAAAGAGCUGAACUUAUGAGAACACUUGUACAACUUGAUUCAUCAAAUCAAGAACAUCACAAUGAUUCCAGUGGUUCAUCAUAAAUUUAGUUGAAUUCAAUAUUUCUAUUUUUUAUUACUAUUAUUAUUAUUAGAAAAUCAACUUAUACAUUCUUUAGAUUUUUUUUUUCUUUUUCAAAAAACAAUCAAUGAAAUAUUUGUUGUUAAAAAUUAACAAAUAAUUUAUGUAGAAAAAUAAAUACAACAAUAUUUUCUCUGUAUAAAUU